GGCCGGGACUCCAUGACCACGGACGGAGCACCAGCGAUGACGAUGCCGGGUGACGGCAGAGGCGCCGGCACCGAGCUGGACGACCUGCCCGAGGAGAUCGUCACCGACAAGAUACUCAUGCUGCUGCCGCCCAAGGAUGUCGGCCGCUGCCGUGCCGUCCGGGCGUCAUGGCGCAGCGCCACCUCGACGCUCGAGUUCAUGCUCGCCCACCACCGCCGCCAGCCAUCCUUCCCCAUCGUCGAGCGAGAGUACAGGCUCGGCGUCUUCCGAGCCUCCCGCAGCAGCGGCACAGCAUACCUCCAACCGCUCUGUCCCAGGGGUCACAACGUCUCGCUCCACGCCGCCGGUGAUGGCUUCCUCGUGAUGUCUGUACCAUCCCGGUUCUACAUCUACAACCCGGUCAUCAACCAGAUUGCUCCCCUGCCGCAGCCUGAAUUUCAGCACACAAACACCAUACUCGGCCUCUACAGCCACGAUGCAACCGGGGAGUACAGGGUGCUCUGGUCUUCAGUGGUUGAUCGGACACAGAACGAAAGGACGCUACAUGUCACGACAGUGGGAAGCAACCAGUCCAGGGACAUCGGGGUUCGCAUGUCGACAGCAGCGUCGUCGCCUUCACGAGAACGAGCCUUACUCGAGGCGCUGCCCCGAGACCGUUACUCUGCAUAUAAUCCACCGGUCCGCCACCGUGGCAACCUGCACUGGAUGCCAGAGCGUGAGAUCAUUGUUUUCGACACCGCUACCGAGUUGUUCCAGUGUAUGCGUGGCGCCACCCACUCGGGCUCUCGGCAGAAGUUGUUCGACGUGCAUGGGAAGCUUGGUUUGUACAGCCCGGAUACCCGCUUCAAAUAUAUGGAUGUUUGGGUGAUGGAGGACUACGAGGCCGAAAUGUGGGAAUUCAAGUACCGGAUUGACAUGUCAUCGAUAGAGGCGUCGCUCUCUCUUCAUUUAACUUCUCCCAAAAAGGAAAAGAGAAAGGGAACGGUAGUAGCCAUUAAUCCAAUGGCGAGAAUUAUCAGCGAGAUGUGUAUGCUCAACGAGCAUGAGCUGUUGUUUGGCUAUAACGAUAAAAACGUGUUGCGCUGCAACAUUGAUGGCAAGCUCUUAGGAGCGGCCAACAUUGAAAGGAGACAAUAUAUUAUGGAGCUUACUCACCAUCGCUUCAAAGAGAGCAUUAUUCCGAUUCCGUCGAGCAAGAUGCAAGAAGAAAGAUGAAAAGUUCCCAUUCUCCGCCGAGCAUGUAUGGAAGGUUCAAGCUUUCUCUUGUCCUUGGAAUAUCUACUUAUCUAUCCUAUGUGAGCCAUGCCUUUUGUGCUUAGCUCCUCCUAUUUAUUAGUAGUGCUACAUGCUAUUUUGGAUUGUCGCGGUUGCACUUCAUGCUAUCAUGCUGUGGUGCUUAUUAUGAUGUGUUGAACAUUAUGUUUUAAUGAUCAGAAACAUGAACAUGUAGUGUCAGUUAUAUUAUAACUUUCUAAUGUUCUUGCCCAA